UUUAACAUCACAACCAAUUUUUUCUUUUCCUUGUUUUAUUUUUUUCUUUUUCUCUCUCUCACUCACUCACUCACUAGAACAAAUAAAAAUAGAUACAGAAUUUAUAAUUUGUCUCUUGUGUUUUUAUCGUCUGGUCGGCAACAACAAGCACUUUUCAGGAAUCAGGAUUCUGAUUUCAGAAUGAUUAAUAUAAUGGAUCAUAUGAUUAAACCAAUGAAUGAAAUGGAUAAAAGCUUGGAUGGGCAGUUAUGGCAUGCUUGUGCAGGUGGUAUGGUACAAAUGCCUGAAGUAAACUCUAAAAUAUUUUAUUUUCCUCAAGGUCAUGCCGAACAUGCUGCAGGAAGGGAUGGCGGUUUUCGAGACCUUCCAAGAAUCCCUCCUUACAUUCUUUGCGGGGUAUCCGCCGUGAAUUUCAUGGCGGAUUCCGACACAGAUGAAGUUUAUGCAAGAAUAAGACUAACCCCUUUAAGAAAUCACAAAGAUUGUGAUUUUGAUAAUGAUGGUUUUUUAGGAUUUGAUCAUAAUAACAAGAGUGAAAACCAAGAUAAACCGGCUUCAUUCGCAAAGACAUUGACUCAGUCUGAUGCUAAUAAUGGGGGUGGGUUUUCAGUUCCAAGAUAUUGUGCUGAAACUAUCUUUCCAAGAUUGGAUUACACUGCUGAACCACCAGUGCAAACCAUUUUGGCAAAAGAUGUUCAUGGGAAGUUAUGGAAAUUUAGGCAUAUAUAUCGAGGGACGCCUCGCAGGCAUCUUUUGACAACCGGUUGGAGCAACUUUGUUAACCAAAAGAAGCUUGUAGCUGGUGACUCGAUUGUGUUCUUGAGGGCGGAUAAUGGGGAUCUUUGUGUAGGUAUUCGGAGGGCCAAGAGGGGGACCGGAAGGGGAUUUCUUGAUGGGAAUUCUUCUGGGUGGAAUACUGCAAUUGCUGGAGUUGGGGGUUCGGGGAAAGUAACUGCAGAUUCGGUGAUUGAAGCUGCAAAACUAGCGGCUACAGGACGGCUGUUUGAGGUGGUGUAUUACCCUCGAGCUAGCACACCGGAGUUUUGUGUUAAAGCCUCGACUGUAAAGGCUGCAAUGCGGAUCCAAUGGUGUCCAGGGAUGAGGUUUAAGAUGGCGUUUGAGACAGAAGAUUCGUCGCGGAUAAGUUGGUUUAUGGGCACGAUUUCUUCAGUUGACGUUGAUGAUCAAAUCCGUUGGCCUAAUUCACCAUGGAGGCUACUUCAGGUAGCGUGGGAUGAACCUGAUUUGCUACAAAAUGUGAAACGAGUUAACCCGUGGUUAGUUGAAUUGGUGUCGAAUAUGCCAUCAAUUCAUCUUUCACCAUUUUCGCCUCCAAGAAAGAAGCUUCGGAUCCCUCAACCACCCGAUUUUCCUCUUCUUUCAAUCCCAUCAUUUGUCACAAACCAAAUUCCUGCAAGCAUCCAGGGAGCCAGGCAAAAUCCGCAAUUUGGAUUUGAUCACCAUCUUCUUCAACAUCAUCAGUACCUAAGCAAGAUCCAAUCUUUUCCAUUUGGGUCACCAAGAAUUCCCCCAAGAUUUAUGGAAACAGUCCAAGAAACUGAAGAAAACGUUUCUUGUUUGCUAACGAUAGGGAACAACAGUGAUAACUCGAAAUCAAGCUCAAGAGAUGAAAAAAAACCAAACUUUGUGUUGUUUGGUCAACCAAUUUUUACAGAACAACAGCUCUCGGACAGUAGUUCUGGUGAGACAGUGGCUAACCAAUCCGAUAGUUCAGUCUUCGUUCAGAAUGGCCAAGUCGAGAGCUCAUCAGAUGAAGCGGGCCCAUGGCGCAAGGACCAAAGGUCUGAGUUUGGUCUCAAGACGGGCCAUUGCAAGAUUUUCAUGGAGUCAGAAGAUGUGGGUCGGACUUUAGACCUGGCUGCUUUUCGUUCAUAUGAAGAUUUGGACAGAAAGCUCGCCGACAUGUUCAGUGUAGAGAAAUCUGUAAUGCUUAACAACUUGAUUUACCGUACCACAUCUGGUUCACUAAAACAUACAAGAGAUGAACCCUUCAGUGAGUUCUCAAAGACAGCACAAAGGCUAACCAUUGUGAUUGAUUCGGGCAGUGACAAUGUAAGGGCUUAAACAACGGAUUAGGAGGUUCGUGUAAAAUGUAUAGUCGUCGUUGAUUCAUAUUCUAGCGACUUUUCGUGUCUUUACGUUCUAGUAGUCUGUAGUAGGAGUCCCAUCGACUGAUUUUUGAGCCGGUUUAGCCUAAGUUUUCUGUAGUAAUCACUUUGUUAAAAAUUGCAUAUUUGACCAAUUAUAUUAUUAUUUUUGGUUAUAAAAUACUUGGCUUUUGUACGUAA